AUAAGCUUCAGUCUUAUGCCACUCACAACAACAACAAUAAAGCAAAAAAAUUAUCACCAAGUGCAGACCUUUGCAUUUGCUUUUCUGCUUACGACAUUUUAGGUCUGGUUGUAGCUAUUGAGGAUCCAAGAUAUAUACAAACAACAUAUGGUUCAACAAAGCUUCAAGAAAUCACAAUAGUUAAUGUAGAGAAACAAGAAAUGAUGCUAAUAGCGUGGAAUAACUUUUUGGAUGAUGAAUGUAUAGCAAUUAAAAAUGCAAUUGAAGACAUUCCAAUCGUGCUUGCUAAGCGCGUUAAAGUGGGAUCAUAUAAAGGUGUCUCAAUAGCAACUAUUGUACAGAGUUUUUUGUUGAUUGAACCUAAACUACCUGCAGGUGAUGUUCUGAUGGAUUGGUGCGUGCAACCAAUAAUGAGUUUUUACACUAGCGUCAAAAUAAAAUGUAUGAUUCCUCUUCAUCUGCCAUACCGCCAUCAGAUGGUGAUUUCAAAGAUCUUUCCACAAUAUAUAACAUCUGCCCUUCACAAGGGACAUAAGGGAAAAGGAGUUGGCAGAUCUUGUGUACAAGUCCAUCUGAAAGACAACACAACUGCGUUACCCGCGACUAUCUUUGGCUCUGUUGCAAAGCAGUUUCUUAAUUGUUCUACAACUCAACUUCUCCAAUUAAUAAAUGAGGGAGUAUGCUGUAUUUUUCUUUGGGCUUUUAAACGUAAGGAAAAGAAAGAAAGAAAAAAUGGCAAUUUUGAAAACAAAGGCUCACCAGCCAUAAGAAUCAGGCCUGUGCCUCCCUUGCGCCUUCGGCCUACUCCAGCACCAGGCCCACCCAAAGCCAGCUGCUGUUCCCCUCUUUCUCCAGCUGGGCCGAACCUGCCCAGGCCCAGCCCGUUUCUCUCCCAGCUGCCUCCUGAAGCAACUCCCUUGUCCAGCCAUUUGCCCCCUUAAACCCCACGACCCAUCACAGCCCUGCCAACCAAGGCCCAUCACGCCAGGACCAAUCCACAUGCCCAGCCGAGCCCAACCACUGCUAGCAGCCAACAACUGCCUUCUUUCCCUCUUGAGCCCAAAAAAAUGUUCCCUUGUCCCCUUUGUUCAAAAAUGCUAUUUUUUACCAAAACUUUUCUACACAUUUUACCCAAAAAUCAUCAUUACACCUAAAGUUUACCCCCAUUUGCCAUAUUAUUAUUAAUUUAAUUAAUUUAAUCAAUUUAAAUUGAUUAUUUUAAUACUCUCAUUUUGGCUAUAAAUAGGGAAUUUUCAAGACCAUUUGGAGGGUGCUUAAUGGAGGAGGUUAAACUAUAAUUUCUACACUUUCAAGACUACUCCAUUCUCUUAAUCUUUUUCUUCUUUUUGGUCAUUUUUUUUUAUGAGUUUUUAGAGGAAAAAUUUGGGGGUUCUUCCUCUAAAUUUUCUUAUUUAUGUUUGUAAUUUUUUGGUUUGUAAUUUCUAUUUUAGUUAUGAGUUUCUAAUCUUUUUAAGAUUAUUAAGGUGAUGAUGAAACAAUAUGUAACUAGAUAGUAUUUAUUGUGUGUUGAUUUCUCAUUUUGUGCAAUAAAGUUUAUAGAUUUUCU